UCUAUGCAAGAACACAACAGAAAAUGCUCCUGUAGAAUCCACCAGAUUAGAGCAAGACAGUGAGCAACGUUCCACACUGACAGGAUAUGGUACCUUCAAUAUCUCCUUGAUUAGCAGAAAAUCAAACUCUAUAAAUUCCACAUUCACAGAAGUACCUUCAGCUACGAGCAAUCCAACAAAUCUUCCCCAUGCAUCGCCAGUUAAUACACCACACAGAAGUGGUUUAUUACGAGUGCCAAGACGUAUUCUGUCGCCAUUGUCACCUAAAAGGACAUAUAACGUUGUAAGUGUGGCACCAGAACAGUCAUUAAUGCAGCCACCAACAUAUAAUACAACGAGAAUACUCAGCCCUUCACUGCCCGAUGCACCUCAGACACAUUCAAACAGAACAACCAGUGUGCAUCCUCUAUCGCCCUUACCACUUGAUGCGUCAUUUGACUUUACCCAUCACCAAGAUGAAAAUGACGACCAGGAGAUUGUUGAAAAUUCCAUACAAGAGCCGGAGUUGCCUGACACAAUUUUACCAGAUGGUUCACCUACAUUUUCUAUAAUAGAAAAGGGGACACAAAGAAGUAAUUUAAAACUGGUUAGCAUGACGGUUACGAAUACACAAAGAAGAUGUCUAAAGGCAAUUUCACCUACUGGAGAUGCAUCAAACGAUCAAAAGGCAGUAAUUGUCCCGCUACUGUGUCACAGAAGGGAGAAAAUUUUAAAAGAAACCCUAAACCCCACAUACACCCAGCAGAUAAGGGGGCUUUGAAAAAAGUUCUAGUUCAUAAAGAGGUAAAACAGACAGCACUCCAAGACAUCCAUAAACCUGCAGGUCGUAUUGUGGAUGAUGCUAUGCUUCGCCAUAUAGAACCAGAAGAUCAUCAGCUGCCAAAUCAAAACAACCUAAAAAGAACUGCAAACCGUGUCCGAGAAGAACUUAGGCCAGAUGAACCAACCUCAUUGUUUUUCGAGCUCGAUACAGAUUACCUCCAGUGUGACAACAUUUUGAUUGAGGACAUCAGAGUAGACGACCAGCGUCACUUAGUAUUUUCAACGCCCGGGCAGUUACAGCUUUUGAAAUAUGCAAAGAAAUGGUUUUGUGAUGGAACCUUUAAAAUAACGAAAGACCCAUUCACUCAGCUAUGGUCCAUCCACGCCUUCAUUAAAAAGGGAGACAGUUUGAAGCAGGUUCCACUGGUCUUCAUGCUCAUGUCUCGAAAGAAGACAAAAGAUUACAAACCUGUAAGUUUCAUAAUCGUCAUUUUUUUUUGUUAUCGACUUCAAGUUUUUCUGAUGCGUCAAUGUGACGUUUAACCAUUUUAAAUUUGAAAGUUGAAGGUUAAAUUAAAAACAUGUACACUUUACAUGUAUAGAAUGUUUUGUAUAUCUUUCGUUGUA